AUGAAUGUCUCUAACUCAUCGACUCCAUCAUCAAGCCAGCCUCUACCUGGAAUAACCAACUUCACACGUUUUACAUACUCCAUUCUGUCUAUCGUCGCUAUGAUAGGAAACACCCUGGUUAUUCUCGUCUUUGUCGAGAACAAGAAACUUCUAAGGAAAUCAUACAACAUACUGAUUCUGUCCCUGGCCGUAUCCGAUGUUAUGACUGCCUUACUUCUCAUCACCAACCCAGCUUUUGUCCUCGGUAACGUGUUUCCUUAUCCUACAAAUCACGUCAUUGGUGACAUCUUCUGCCGAUUCAUAUGGAGUCGUGUGAUUCUGUUUCAGUUAGUGGUCUUCUCCGCAUACAUCUGUAUGGCUUUGGCAACAGAGCGGUGGUAUGCAGUGGUCAGGCCAUUUCAAUACCAAGAAGUCUUUAACAAAAAGCGAACCCUCGUUUACAUCUUCCUCGUGUGGCUAUGGUCGCUCCUCCUAGUCAUUACAACCCCAUUCGAAGUCGUUUUCGUUCCUUCGAAUUCACCUAGCCGCCGAUGCAAAUGGAAGUUUCUCUGGGGCCAAAAUACAGUCCGUGCUGUUGUUGGAACUAUUCAAGUCCUGUUCAAAAUGGUGCUUCCAAGCCUGACCAUGUUGUGCCUGUUCAUUCACAUGGUUUGUAAGGCAAGCAGGUCCAAUGUCGCCUCAGCUGAGAGCAAGGCCAAAUUACGCGGGAAAAUGACGCGGAUGGUCGGCGCCGCUUGCUUCGUGCUCAUCAUUUGUUUCGCGCCAAGUCAAACCAACUACGCUUUGACAGUAAUGGGAAAAGCGCGACUGGAUACCAAAUUACAUCAUUUCCUUUCUCUUCUGGUAUUCGUCAGCAGCUGUGUGAAUCCGUUCAUAUAUGGGAUAAGCAACAAGAAUUACCGGGGAGGCUACCUCAAAAUCCUGUCCUCAGUGUGCCCCAAAGGAAUUGCUAACAAGAGGUUUGAAAACGAUGUAGAAGAUAAAAGAGACGCUACGUAUACGCUUCAAACUUUCGAAUCCAAAUUUUGA